GCCAGAGCGACCUCAUCUGCAUUACAAGGAUAGAGCUGCCCCGGGUUCCCACCUCCUCACUGAGGGAAUCCACCCAGCUGGUUGGUAUUUGGAGACUGUGUUCAAUCAGGUCCUCCUACAAGCCCCACAGCCAUGAAUCUAGAGCCCCCGAAGCCUGAGAUCAAGUCAGCGACCCGCGUCUCUGGGGGGCCAGCCACGCCACGCAAAGGCCCCCCCAAAUUCAAGCAGAGGCAGACCCGUCAGUUCAAGAGCAAGCCCCCCAAGAAGGGCAUCCAGGGUUUUGGAGAUGACAUCCCAGGCAUGGAAGGCUUAGGCACUGACAUCACUGUCAUCUGCCCGUGGGAGGCCUUCAACCACCUGGAGCUUCACGAAUUGGCCCAGUAUGGUAUCAUCUGAGACCCCAGCUUCCCACAGC